GUCUGCCUCAGUCGAGCUGCAGGUCUAGGCUCAGUCUCUCAUAGUCUGAGCGAUCACGCAUUCUCGUCACGGGCUCUCUUCUCGUCUCCGCUACCAGCGAGGUUUUCGACGCACUUGGAACAGCUGCAAGCCCGGCUUGUAACCUGUCUCACUCUACAUCCAUGUCGGUUAUAACCGGGAACGUCCCGGACCUCCGUCUGGACGAUCCUCGAAGGCGCUCGGUCUUUUUGAAGCAGUCCAACUUCACUAAGAAAAAUGGCAGAGCUCACCAUGCAUUUGACAAGAUGAAAGCACCGUAUCCAACCAGCUUUGACCGCCGUACGCUUGACCUAGACGUCAUUGAUCACAUCUUCCUCAAAUCCCUAAAGCAGUCUGUCAGCUUUGUCCAGUUCAAGGAUGGACCUCCAAAGCGCUGUUUGGAUCUGGGCUGUGGGACUGGUGCCUGGAUUUUGGACGCACUCAAGGAAUGGCGCGACUGUCACUUCGUUGGCUUUGACCUCGUCAAUAUUCAGCCUCCCCUACAUCUCCUCGGACCGUCGUCAUCUCGUGUGCAAUGGGUGCAUGGCAACUUCUUGACCACGAAACUCCCAUUUGAAGACGACGAGUUCGAUCAUGUCCACAUACGUGGUAUUGCCCGCGCAGUCCCAGAAAAUAAGUGGGAUAAUUUAUUCGGGGAAGUUAGUAGGGUGCUCCGGCCAGGAGGUUCUGUUGAGAUGAUUGAAGACGGUAACGGCAGUUUCUACUACGACUCCCGCGCAUCACUUAUAUGUGCUUUCACCAAACCAGACAUUCUUUUCCCUUCUCUGCCCCGCUGGUAUACGAGAGCUUUGAGAGCUCGUGAUCAGAGACCCACUAUCCACCGGCCUGAUGGCUCUAGUCGCCGAUCACUUCCUAUGUCGCCUCCUCCGACACCGCCUCGUGACGACGCUCCUCAUGACCAUAAAUUGUUGGAGUCUUUAUUCAGCUCGGUUUUUGAGACACGCUUCAUUAAUCGGGAGCCUACAUCUAUCCUACCCAGCUACUUUGCAACAUAUUUCCGCCAGGUUCAGUGUUCUCCGGCGAUAAAAUUUCCGACACCUACACUCCCCAAUGUUCCUACAUACAAUAUUGCCUCCUCAGGUCGCUUCUCUUCUCCCCCUACUUUGGCUUCUGCGGCAAGGAGUCUCCGCGCACACCGGAAGCAAGAAUCGUACUCUUCUACCGAUUCAUCGGCCUCGAAUUCAAAGAACCUAUCUGACGACGAGGACGACGAAGAACUAUUCCAGCAACGUACGCCUCCCUCUACUGACGAUGAACUGAGGCCGUUGUCAAAAGAGGACGGCACUCCAUGCGUAACACCAUACUACUCCACCCAUGCCUCAACAUGUGAUGCUGCAGAAUUAGGUUUACUCCCUCUAAGCGCCCUAUCAGAUGUUACAUGCUUCUCGCUCGCAUUCCAACUCCAUCGAACGUUCAACCUCGUCCUUGCAUGCCAGGAGAGCAUGUGGGAAGUCUUAAAUGAUCGGAUUCGGAAUCGCGAGGCGGAGCUGAAGGAGCUGGGUUGGGAUGAUGAUGAAAUCGAAGGUGAACAUGCUCGACAGCGCUUUGACAAGCUUCUGGAGCGAUACCAAGGGGACAUGCAAACCCGUGCUGCACUGUGGCAGCGAAUGGCGCUUUCUCAAUCUCCGAACUUUAAACUUCCAAAGCAAGGUUUAAUGACCAAAGCGGAGAUGAAUGACGAAGAUCGAGUUUACCAUGCGGUAUUAAACGCUCAGCGACAUGCGUCGACAGAAGAAUUACGGACACCCUGCAGGACUAUGCGGAUUUUCAUUGGUUAUAAAUCUGGGAUGUAAUCGUAUCUAUCUAUGUGUCCAAUUAUUGUAUUAUAUCUGACGACUGUACAUACCCUCGCUGUUGUUAUUGCUAUUUUUUAAAUCUAUGCG